UCUAUCGUGUAGGUCCCCGAGGAUGAAAUCCCUGGUAAUACUCAUCGCCGUGCUCGCCGCAUCGGAGGCAGCUCCCCAAGGCCAUGGGGGUAUCAGGUUCACGCAAAAGGAGUACAAUGGGCUGCAGCAGGCGCUGGGCUACCGCGUCCCAGUGGGCAUCUACAGCGCCAACCAAGUAUUCUCAAUGGUGGAGGAAUACCCCACAGACUACAUCGUCCUCAACCUCCCCGGAUUGAGCGCCGGCGGCGGAAGCGGCUACGCCUCACGCAGUGGAGUUGCUCAAGCUAGGACUGGUGCUCUGCCUGCUGACGACGAAGUGGCUGAGACUUUCAGCGAAGUGGCUGAAGAGGCCGUAGAAGCCGUCGAAGAAGCUGCAGAAGAAGCUGCAGAAGUAUCAAUCAACAGGAACCUGUUGGUGCAAGAGGCCGUCCUUGCCAUGCAGGAGCAGCAGUCUGCAGCCUCGGCAGGGGACCUCGUGGAAAGCAGAAGUAGCUCUUUACCAGCAGCGGAUGCGCUCAACAGCGAGACAGAAAUUCCUUCAGUAGCAGCAGUUGACACAGCUUCAGCGCCAGUAGAAACCGCGGUAAGAUCAACAGGAGUCGAAGCCCCGGCUGCACCCUCAACAGCAACAGAGACAGAAACAGCACCAGAAACAAUGGCAACAUCAGCAGCAACUGUAACAGAAGCGGCAACCGAGUCAGAGGCAACGGCAACCGAUACAGCAGUUCAACCGGCAGCUGCUGGAUUGGCUGCUGACGUUGACGAAGCAGUUGCUGCCGUCCAAGACGUUGCUGCCGUUGCCGACUCCGUUCGGACCAAGCGCCAGGAGACGGAACUCACGGCCGCUGACGAGCUUUCCUUUGCCCUCGCUGGCCUUGGUUCCCUCAUAGGAUCCAAUGUUGGUCGGUACCUUGACGCCACCUUUAGCGCUAACGUGGACCUCAUUCAAGGCUUCGAGAACACCGGGCUCCUUGUCCUCGACCAGGUGGAUGAGCGUCUCCAGAGACGCCAGGAACGGCUGAAUAAGCUCAGAGCUGCUUCUUCCUCCUCCUCUUCUUCCAACAGUUAGACGUGACUCCUCAGGGAUACAUUCGCCGUCAACUGUCGUUCCUCACCUUCCAGUCUCAUUCAUAACCGGUUCUAUUACCAGCGAACGGACACAAAAUCAGCUUCAGUCAAUUUGAGCUGCACCCACAUACGCAGCAGAAAGACGGACGAAAUGCUCCAGCGCGCUGGAACUUUUCCUUUCGCCCAUCCCACUCCAGCCCGCCCGCCCGGCCUUCAGCAGUCGCCAGCGCCGAGUGACCCGGCAACUGUCCAUGGCUUCACUAGUUGUACAGAUAUAUGUUACUGUUAUUUUAUUUACAUAUUUUACGUUUAUUUACAUACAUACACGUGCCCGACUUCAGACACGCACAUAAAAGACACACGCACCCACCCUGAUUUUACAAAAAAAAAAAAGAAAAAGAAAAAGAAAAAAAUCCAUACCUUUUAUGAUUUAAUUGUUAGAGAAGUAGUUGGAUUCAUGGUUACAUGUAUAUGUAUGUCUAUGUUUCUUGUGCACCGUUUUGAUGUAGACCAUUAAACUUUUAAUGCAAACACACACACAAACACACACACACAUAUAUAUAUUCAUAUCUAUCUACCUAUCAAUUAAUCUAUCAAUCUACCUAUCUAUCUAUCUCCCUAUCUCUCUCUAUAUAUAUAUACGUACACACAUACAAUCAAACAUAUAGUUUAUGCAUAUACUAUAGAUAUAUUUAAAUAUGUUACAGAAUUAUUAGUUUUUAUUUAUGGUAUGCUCACUAAUAAACCAUCCCUGGUAACA